AGUACAUCACAGCAGCACCUCGAAACCCCACACCUUUCCACUACAUUCCAUGACAUAGGAUGCCAGACCGAACCACCACAAAAUAUGUCAGUGGGCAUACAGUCCAGUGCUCCAAAAUGAGAACAGUCGGCACACAGCUAUCCAUGGGUACGCUGAGGGCUUCCAUGAGAAGCAAAGUGUUUACACUGAGACCACUUCAAGCUCCCCAGAAUUCACCCCGAUGUCUUCAACACCAAUAAGACCCCAAGAUUACAGACCUCGCAAGAGACCUCGUCUUGAGUUGGAGGAGGAGGAGGAGGAGGAGGAAGAGGGAGACACCUCAACAGAGUUGCAAGCUGAGCCACAAGACUCAACAUAUAUCCCUGGUGACUCUGUUCUAACGGACGAAUCUGCCAUGUCGUCUGAGCCAGUGUCUACUUAUAAGGAUGAUAAGUACAUUGUUUUUGAAAGUUGCCUAAGGGAGCUUUUUCAAAGCUGUCCUGUAUGCAAGAGGCAGUGUGACGUUCAGCGCCGAAAAAUGGGAACGUAUGUGUCAUUCACACAGCUCUGCCCACACUGCAACUAUUCAAGACAGUGGCAGAGUCAGCCUGUUGUAGGAAGUAACCCCGUCGGCAACCUACACCUGUCAGCGGAAAAGAUAUGCAAGGCCAUGAAUCUUCAGAUUUUCCAGUAUGGCACCUUCAGGAGGCAUGCUAGGAGUUUUCUGGAGCCAGCCAUAAUCCACAAAUGGAAGACGGAUCAGCAACAUCUUUUUCAAAAGUUACAGCAUGGAGGAAAGAUUGGAGUCAGUGGAGAUAUGCAAACUGACUCCCCAGGGCACUCAGCAAAGUAUGGGAGCUACACACUGAUGCACCUAGACAGAAACCGCAUUAUCGACCUUCAGCUUGUUCAGAGCAAUGAAGUAGGUGGUAGUUACCACAUGGAGAAGGAGGGCCUUAAACGCUGCCUGGAUCUACUGGAUUCAAACGGUUUGGUGAUGGACUACAUUGUCACCGACCGUCAUCCACAGAUCCAGAAGUAUCUGAGGGAGCGCAGCAUCACCCACUUCUAUGAUGUGUGGCACUUUGAGAAAGGUUUGUCAAAGAAACUUGACAAAGUUGCGCAAAACAAGGACUGCGGGGUGUUGAAGAAGUGGCUGCGUAGCAUCAAAAGCCAUGUCUACUGGAGUGCAACAUUGUCAACAUCAGGGCCAGAGAAGGUAGCCAAGUGGAUGUCGAUUGUCAACCACAUCCAGAACGUGCACUUGCAUGAAAACCCGGAGUGCCAACAUCCUGAUCGAGUGUCAAGGGAUCCAAGUAAAUGGUUUCAACCAGGGUCAAUGGCGCUCUACAAAGUGGAAAAAAUCCUGGUCAAUAAGAGGGUUGUCAAAGAUGUGGAGAAGCUGAGCCACCACUACCAAACAUCAUCCCUGGAGGCUUUCCACAGUUUGAUACUUCGCUUCACACCCAAGAAUGUGGUUUUCCCUUUCAUGGGCAUGCUUUGCAGGUUGUACCUUGCAGCCAUGCACUACAAUGAAAAUGCAGACUGCGAGCAAGCCACAACAUCUGCAGGACAACCAGUAUUCAAGGUUGUGUUUCCCAAGUCCAGGAAGGGGGAGGUGACUGCGAGGCCAGUAAAAACAGACCCUACAUACAAAUAUGUGGAAGAACUUAUGAGGCUGGUUUUCGAGGAGGUGUUUGAGGACCCAACUCCAUUUGUUGAGGUGCUGAAACUGAUCCCCAUCCCCAAGGAUCUGGCAUCGGAACAUGAGAGACCCUCAAAGGAGGAAGUGGUUGCCCGCCAUCUGUCCCGCUUUGCUCAAGGGACAGUCGGAACCGUACAUACUAGGCACCCGGAUCAAGAAACUGCAGGCGUAUCCGGCGUACAACGCACGACGGGAUUACCACCCUAACAGUCCUUCCCAAGUAGCCCCAGCACCAGUUGACCAAGCCAAGAUAGGCAAGGUGCCUGUAGCGCCUGUAUGGACAGGAUUGGACAAUAGUGAACAUCACUCUUAUUUAUAGUGUAUAUCUGUAUUUUUUUCCUAUUAUGUAUAUUAAGAUUGUUCUAUUUAUAUAAGCGU